AUGUAUUUAUCAACCAGUGUUUUAUCCAGCUUACCAUAUUUUCUUUUACUUGUCAAGGGUAAAGCCAUUAAAGAUACUCCUAAGUUGAAUUCUUUAGAAAACAACUCUCAGCAAUUAUGUCCAAAUUCAAUUCUAAAUUAUCCUAUAGCUGAUAUCAUUGAUUCUCAGUGUUUACAGGAUAACUUUGAAUACUUACAAAAUUGUGUCCUCUCUAAUUUCAAUGAAACAUCGCAACUUUGUUCCUUUUGUGUCAUUGUAAACCCAUCCACUUUUGAAGAUGAGUCUAACUGUGAAUGUGUUAAGUGUGUCAUAGAUACUUUAAGUAACAACCAUUGUCUUCAAAAUAUCUGUAGUGGAAAGCAAACUAUCUCUUUGCAAGAUGCAAUUAAAGAUUCGACACACUCUACAAAAAAUAAUUACAAUGUGAUUACUGAUGAUAUCAGAGAAAAUAUCUUUGAUAAGUAUGAGAACACUUUAAAACAAAACAAUCAGUUACAAUACUUAACAGAUGAUUAUUCUGGCACAACUUUUAGAAAUUUCUUACCCUUUGAACAAAAAAAAUUAAUCCGACAUUUAUUGAAUUCAUGGAUUGAUACUGGUAAAAAACUUGGUAGAAAUAGUAAUAAAGAUGAUAAUAAAGAUAAUAAUAAAGUCUAUGAGGAUGUUGAGGAUGAUGUUGACGAAAAUGAUAAUAAAGACUCUUUAAAUUUAGAAGAUUUGAAAAACAAUUUACUAGAUGAAAAUUUGGAGAAUGAAGCAAUGAUUAAUAAAAAAAACAAUCAUAAUACUCAGUUAUAUUUUCCUGGUUGGUUAAAAAUGGGUAAUAAAAACCCCAAGAAAAACACGAAAAUAAAAGGCAAGAAUAAUGCAAUCACUGACACCCAAUGUAAGGUUAAAACUGAAUUAAUAUCUGUUUUAAUACCAACAACAACUACAAAGACUUUAAUUUUAACAAAGGGAUUGAUUACUGAAACUGAAACCAAACAUGAAAUUGUCACAAAGACGGACCAUGUAAUCAAAUAUAAACCUAAAACACUCACUGAAACAAAAUUAGAAAAAACAAUUGAAUGGAAAACUGACGUUAAAACUAAACAAAACACUGAAUAUGUUGAGAAAUGGAAGACUAAGACUGAAGCAAAAUUCAGAAUUGUCACACUAACUGCAACUGAUAUUAAACUCAGCACAAAAUUCAAGUAUAAAUAUGCAACUAUCACUGUCACUGAUACAAUGAUUGUAGAAAGUUCCAAGACAAUUACAGUUCCAAAAACUAUUGUAACGAGUACUACUACUGAAACAAAACUGUCGGAAAAAAUAAUUACUGUCACAACGACUACAACAGGUGUGAGUACUUUGACAGAAAAAACAAAAAAACAUAUUGUAACUGCAACUAAGUUUUUAACCAAAACCAAAGUUAUUACUAAGAGGAAGUGUAAAGUGACUAAAACAAAAACUUCAAUUAAAAAAAUUACCAAAACUUUUACUAUAGAAAAGAAUGGUGCUACUAAGAAAAAAAAGAAUUGGUAG